AUGCAUCCGCUUGAAGCUCCAUCUGGUUGCAACUCCAGUGAAGAAACAGAGAAACAUGCUCAUGGCAUUGCCGUCGCGACAAAGGAUGUGGACACCGGUGCAGCACUUGUUGCGGGUAUGUCCGGCGACCUCGAUCCGGAUGAUGCAGCACGAGUUCUAAAGAAAAUCGAUCUUGGCAUCUUACCGAUGAUGUGCAGUGAGAUUCAGUUUAUGGAUAAAGCUACCUUGGGCAGUGCUGCAAUAUUGGGCAUAGACGAUAACAUCAGGCUGGGCACUGUGUUCUACCUCAGCUAUCUACUAUUCGAAUAUCCGCAGAAUCUCGCGCUCCAGCGUUUCCCUGUGGGUAGAUGGAUGAGUAUCAAUAUCUUUGUCUGGGGCAUUGCGUUGGCCUGCCACGCAGCCUGCACCAACUUCGCUGGCCUUUUCGUAGCGCGCUUUGUUCUGGGCAUCUGUGAGGGGUCCGUCACAGCUGGCUUCAUGAUUGUCAGCUCGAUGUUCUAUACUCGCAGUGAGCAAACAUCGCGGGUCGGGUACUGGUCGCAGAUUAUAUCUGGUUUUAUCAGUUUUGGUUCGCUGCAUAUCACAACUACAGGAUUUGCGCCUUGGCAAUGGCUCAUGAUCAUUACUGGCAGCUUAACCCUGAUUAUUGCAGUCGUCUACUGGUUCUUUUUCCCUGAUUCGCCCACCAAUGCGUGGUUUUUGACGCCCGCGGAACGAGCGGUUGCGAUCCGGCGCUUGAAGGAAAACAAACAUUUCAAGAAGGAUCAGAUGUUAGAGGCUUUGAAAGACCCAAAGACAUGGAUCUUUGCCCUCUUUUCCGCGCUCGAUCAGAUACCGAACUCGCUCACCAAUCAACGGCAAAUCAUUGUGACAUCAUUUGGUUUCAGCGACCUGCAAACAACCCUGUUGAGCUGUGUUGAUGGUUUCGUGGAAGUCGCAACGAUUUGGACUGGCGUCACGAUUGUCUCGCGGAUACCAAACAGUCGUGCUUACGUCGGCGCGGUGUACUUCAUCCCGGCCUUGGUUGGGGUAUUCAUGAUUGAGCUCUUGCCAUGGAGCAAUCAGGUCGCUUUGCUUUUUGCCAUAUGGCUUGUCGAUAUCGGGAUCACUGGAUUCGUCCUAUCUCUGGCCUGGUUGACCAGCAUCACUGCUGGGCACACAAAGAGAGUGACCAGGAAUGCAAUCAUGUUGAGCGCGUAUUGCGUUGGUAAUGCCUUGGGGCCAUUCAUGUGGCAGACGCAAUAUAAGCCACGCAACCGCGUACCUUGGGUUGUCAUCGGGCUUUGCUACCUCAUUUGCCCCUUACUUUUGCUCGUCAUCAGGUUCAUGCUAUCACGAGAGAAUAAGAAACGGGACGCCGAGCCUGUCAAUGAUACCUUCGAGGAUGUCUACAUCGAACAAAUCACUGCAGAUGGAAAACGGAUUGAAGUCAAGGUCGAUAAAGAAUUUCUAGACCUGACAGACAUCCAAAACCGCGAUUUCCGUUAUGUUCUGUAG